GCUGGGCGGAGUGCGCGCUGACGGGGUCCGAGGCAGAGCUGUGGUGUCUCCAGGAGCGCGGCGGGGAAGGCUGAAAUUUGCUUCUGUUCUUCACAGAAGACCGACAGAGGAACUGCGACGGGGUUCGAGCCGGGGACGGGGGUUCUUGGGGCGUUUGCAGAGCCGGCCGCCCGAAGGAGCGCGCGGCCCAAGCCUGCGGGACGGUAAUGGCUAUGCAGAUGCAGCUUGACGCAAAUGCAGAUACUUCAGUGGAAGAAGAAAGCUUUGGUCCACAACCUAUUUCACGAUUAGAGCAAUGUGGCAUAAAUGCCAAUGAUGUGAAGAAAUUGGAAGAGGCUGGUUUCCAUACAGUGGAGGCUGUUGCUUACGCACCAAAGAAGGAACUUAUAAAUAUUAAGGGAAUUAGUGAAGCCAAAGCUGACAAAAUUCUGACUGAAGCAGCUAAAUUAGUUCCAAUGGGAUUCACUACUGCAACUGAAUUUCACCAAAGGCGAUCAGAAAUCAUACAGAUUACUACUGGCUCCAAAGAGCUUGACAAACUGCUUCAAGGCGGAAUUGAGACUGGAUCUAUCACAGAGAUGUUUGGAGAAUUCCGAACUGGGAAGACACAGAUCUGUCAUACAUUGGCUGUAACAUGCCAGCUUCCCAUUGAUCGUGGUGGAGGUGAAGGAAAGGCCAUGUACAUUGACACCGAGGGUACAUUUAGACCAGAACGGUUGCUAGCAGUGGCUGAACGAUACGGUCUCUCUGGCAGUGAUGUCCUAGAUAAUGUAGCAUAUGCUCGAGGGUUCAACACAGACCACCAAACCCAGCUCCUUUAUCAAGCAUCAGCCAUGAUGGUGGAAUCCAGGUAUGCACUGCUUAUUGUAGACAGUGCUACCGCCCUCUACAGAACAGACUACUCGGGGCGAGGAGAGCUUUCAGCAAGGCAAAUGCAUCUGGCCAGAUUUCUGAGGAUGCUACUACGGCUUGCUGAUGAGUUUGGUGUAGCAGUGGUAAUCACCAACCAGGUAGUAGCCCAAGUGGAUGGAGCAGCCAUGUUUGCCGCAGAUCCCAAAAAACCCAUUGGAGGAAACAUCAUUGCCCACGCAUCAACAACCAGGCUGUACCUGAGGAAAGGAAGAGGGGAGACCAGAAUCUGCAAAGUCUAUGACUCUCCCUGUCUUCCGGAAGCUGAAGCCAUGUUUGCCAUUAAUGCAGAUGGAGUGGGGGACGCCAAGGACUGAAUGAAAUGACUGGGGCCUUUUUUCCUGGUUAGACUUUUAAAUGCAGUAAAGCUAAUGAAGAGGACAGCUCCCUGGGGCUUCUUCAGGCUCUUCCUGGUAUGACUGCCAAAGCAUGGCUUCCAGAAAAACAAUUAUUGUAUCAGCUUUCUGGAGGCAGAAACAGCUGGGUCAGUAUUCAAACUGACCUGAACGCUCAUUUCUUAUAGAGUAUAUUAAUGUCUGGUUUCUUUGGUGUUUGGAGGAGAUAGAAAAUAACAGUUUCAAUCUUAGGUUUCAAGAGAAGUAAAACUGGAAAGACCUGAGU